AGCAUUUUAAGAAUUUCCUGUUCUAUCUUUGGGUCUCCUCCUCCGUCUUAAAAAGCUUUCGUUCCUUUGUUUUCCAUUUAUCACUAUUCCAAAUCAAUUCAAAAUUUUCCUCUGCAAAUUUAUUGUCAUUUUCUCGGUUUUUUCUCCGUGACAAACCCUAGUUUUUCUUGCAAAAUUCAUACAUAUAUAGAUAUAAAACUUUAUAUUAUUUAUAUAUAGAAGAGGAAGCAAGGUUCGGAUGAAGUGAGGGAGGGAUGGGAGCAGCGGGCUCAAAACUGGAGAAGGCAUUGGGAGACCAAUUCCCAGAAGGUGAACGAUAUUUCGGCCUUGAGAAUUUCGGCAACACUUGCUAUUGUAACAGCGUCCUCCAGGCUCUUUAUUUCUGUGUUCCAUUCCGUGAGCAAUUGCUAGAAUAUUAUGCGAACGUCAAAAAUCCUGCUGAUGCUGAAGAAAAUCUCUUGACAUGCUUAGCAGACUUAUUUUUACUGAUAAGCUCGCAAAAGAAAAAAACUGGUGUCAUUGCUCCAAAGCGUUUUGUCCAGAGAUUGAAGAAGCAAAAUGAAGUUUUCCGCAGCUUUAUGCAUCAGGAUGCCCACGAACUCCUGAACUAUUUGCUAAAUGAACUGGCUGACAUAUUAGAGAAAGAGGACCGUGUUGCUAAGAGUGAUCAAGAAACUUAUUCUCCAUCUGAAAAGGUUGCUAAUGGGCGUAUUACUUCUAAUGGAUCUAGAAAGGAGCCUCUGGUCACCCUGGUGCACAAAAAUUUUCAGGGUACAUUGACAAAUGAAACAAGGUGCUUGUGUUGUGAGACUGUGACGGCAAGGGAUGAAACUUUUCUCGACUUGAGCCUUGACAUUGAACAGAACAGUUCAAUUACAAGCUGUCUGAAAAAUUUUAGCUCCACCGAGACUUUAAAUGCUGAGGACAAAUUCUUUUGUGAUAAAUGCUGCAGUUUGCAAGAGGCACAAAAGAGAAUGAAAAUAAAAAGGCCCCCUCACGUCCUGGUCAUCCAUUUGAAGAGAUUCAAGUACAUUGAACAACUGAACCGGGAUAAGAAGCUAUCUUAUCGUGUUGUCUUCCCCCUUGAGUUGAAACUGAGCAAUACAAUCGAGGAUGCAGAUGCUGAGUAUUCCCUAUUUGCCGUAGUAGUCCAUGUGGGGAGUGGGCCCAACCAUGGACACUACGUUAGCGUCGUGAAAAGUCACAACCACUGGUUAUUUUUUGAUGACGAAAAUGUUGAGAUGAUCGAUGAAUCUGCUAUUCAAACUUUCUUUGGAUCAGCACAAGAGUAUUCUAGUAACACAGAUCAUGGCUACAUCUUAUUUUACGAAAGACUCGUUGAUUCUAGCACUAGCUGAAAGGAGAUACAAUUUUAGCCUGGGCCUGUACUUUUCCAAUUUUAGUCUGAUUUUUUAACAUUUUUGACGUUCUCUGUUCUUCGCCAUUACCCUUCUAUAAUUUAUGGGAAACUGUUCUUAAUAUCAAGCAGGUUGAUAUGACUUAAAGAAUAUAUGCUUGGUUUGUGCCAUGUACAGUGAUGAUGGAUGCUAACGGUUCAUUCUUCCAACAAUAAGGAGAAAAAAAAUGUACUUUUUUGUAAA